GCUUUCUUUUUCCACCUCGAUUCUCGAUGGCUAACAAGUCGAAAAUCAAGAAGGACAAGCGCAAGGCUGAGCGCCGUGCCGGCAGCGAGUCCAGCGGGUCCGAAGCUGACGAGAAGGCCCAGAAUGCGUCCUGGAAUGCUACCGAGGAGCAGCACAUGUACAACUACCUCUGGGAGCACAGGGCGGAGGCUGGUCACGGUGGCAAUUUUCCAGACACGGUAUACAGUAGCUGUGCUCGCGCCAUCGCGUCGUACCGCACGCAGGGCAUUGUCAAAGGCGGGCGGCAUGUCCAUACGAAAUAUCGGGAGGGCCGCACGAACACGCUCGUGAUCAGGGAGAUCAAGAGGAAGUCGGGAUGGUCUUACAGCGAGGAGAGAGGCGCCGACAUCGACUCGGAUAACGAGAUGCAGAAGGAGCUAUGGACAGCCUUCCUCGACAAGCUGUCCGCGUCGCAUAGGACUGCUGCCAACCGCUUCAAGCACAAGGGCUGGCCGUACUUCGAUACCAUGGAUCAGCUGGUGCCGAAGACCACGCGGGGGAAGCGCGCUGUGUACGGAGGCCGCGGACGCAGGCCGCGCUCGCCAUCCCCUGCACCCUCCGAGGGCAAUGCGACAGCGGGGGCUGAUCUGACUCAGAAUUCCGUGGGUGAGGGAGGAUCUGGUGGUAAUGCGGGUGGCAAUGUGCCUCCACCGGAUAGUGAGAACACUGCCGACGAACCGCAUGCGGCCUCGCAGGCACCCCGGCCAACCACUCCCCCUCCCACCGCUUCUCCCGCUCCCAUGACACCCUCAUCCGCGCGCGUUGGCGAUAAACGCGUGCCAUCAUCUCCGAGCGCGGAGAAGCACCCGGAGAAGAAACCCAAAGCCGAGCUUCCUGCUGGGACCUCCGCUUCUCGUCGUGAAUCAAGCUUCGGCUCGACGACCGGGGGGAAGUUCACUGCGCCUGCGGCCAUGAUGGCGAUCUCCCAGUCCCUCGAUAGGCACGGUGAGAAUGUCCGGGCAGGUUUGGAGUUCCGUCCGCAUGCGUCUAUCGCUGCUACGCCGAAGCGCUUGCAGGAUGCGAGCAAGCGAGCACAGGAGUUGGAGGAGGGCUGGCUCACCAAGGGGGAGAUGAUCGACCUCCUCGACAUCUUCAUCGACAAUGUGCGGAUGGCGGACGCGUACAUGGCCCUCAACCACGAUGACACAGAGUUGCGUCAAACUUGGGUGCGCAAGCGCCUUGGGAAACCUCAGCCUGUGCAUGCUGCGGAGGAGGAUGACCCAUUCGCAUAGCCGUAGACUACUUGUUCUGCUCUGCUGCUAGAUAUGCUUGGUAAUCAUCCCACAUUGCCUGCGCAAUCGCAUCCCGCUUCUGCUUUGCCCG